AUGGCUCUCACAGAAGAAGAUGAGGCCAAAGAGGUCAGAUGCUCAUCACCGACAAGGCAUGCAAAACGUAGUCCCAAACGACUAACCUGUGUUCCAUGCAGAGAACGAAAGGUCCGCUGCGAUAGAGCAUUCCCAAAAUGCGGGCGAUGCUCACACCUAGGUCACAAUGGUGUGUAUCGUCCAAGAUCUAGCAAUCGAGCAAACCAGGUUGCUUUGAUCAGCCAACUGCAGGAGCGCAUGUCCCAGGCAGAAGCACGACUUGCUUUGCGAGCAUAUGGAGCAUCUUUCGGCUCUGAUCAUGCACACAAUGCCUCAGUCACUGGUAUCUUUAUGGAGCCCACUGUCCAAUGUUAUCCUCAGCACAGUGUACCGAUCGAAAGACAACACAGCGGCCCACCAUUUGUUUCCACAGAUAUAUAUCCCAUACCGAGCAGUUCCAGCACUACAGACUCCGCCAUUUAUUCAGAUCUAAAGUCGACGGCUUUUAGACUUGGGGAUUUUGAGCAAGCGUUCGUCCAACCAGCCUUGCCUCCAGUUUCGAGUUCCGAGGUGGUCGUUGCACCACAUGACACAUAUCGCAGCCAAUGGUCAAAUCUGUCACCAUCGUUCCAUUCAAGAAGUUCAUCUGAGGCUUCAGACAUUUCGAUUACUUCCGAAGACCUCGUUGCUCUUCAUCAAAUAUUCUUCGAAAGUCUAGAAGCAUCAUUUCCAAUCAUAUCGCGAAACCGGUUCUAUUGCGAGAUUCGGAAUUCACCCGCGGAUCCAUCCAUUCAAGCACUGAGCUAUGCUAUUGCCCUCAUGACCAUAUCAGUGACUGGAACGCAGCUGUACCCUGAGAAAGGCUUCUACCUACGAGCUCGUCGCCUCCUAGAUGAAAGUGAAAUCUAUGGCGAUGGGAGAUCACUGGCAAACUUGAAUAUCUUACAAACUUUGAUCAUUCUACUACGCUACGAGAUUGGUAGCCAGCGUAAUGCCAGUUCGUGUCUGACUGCGGCUCGAGCGACUCAGUUAGUCAAGAUGAUGCGUCUAUCACAAAUUGAUUCUCGAGAGUUGUUGUCAGGAUACAAAGCUCGGUAUCCUGAUGUGUCGCUACCCCUAGCGAAUGACCCAAUAGAGCUUGAAGAGAGACGCCGUUGCUUCUGGGCGCUCUACGUAAUGGAGGGCUAUCGUAAUAUCAUCAACGGAGAUACUGACAAGAUCUUGGACGAAUCUACGCCUCUAGUAUGCCUUCCCUCUCCCGGUGCUCUCGACAGCUCAUUCAUCCCUAUCCAAAUGCCCUAUCUCCACGACGCCCCUUCAAAUCUUACCCCGUCCGCCCUUUCUCACUUCACCGCAACGAUUCUCACCACCCACCUCACCCUUCGAAUUCUCACCCACGCCUCUCAACCUCCAAGUACCUUCUGGUGGAACCACCACCACGACCUCGUCGCCCGCUUCAACUCCAUCGGCGCCCUCCUUCACAAUCACUCCGACGUCGACGCUCCAUACGCCGACCAAACCACUCUCGAACUUCACCUGAUCCUCUCCACGCUCGACUCCCACCUGCACGCCGUCGCUCUAGCUGCAAGCGCGCUGACAGAAAUCGCCGCCGUCGUCAGCGAGGAAAGCAGGCGGCGCCUCGGCGACAGUGCGUUACGGAUGGCGAGUGUUGUGCGUGCGAAGUGGUGCCAUCGCCUGGAUUUGCGGGCGGAUCUGCAGCAGGAUAGUACUCGCCAGGGCUCGCAAUCGCAAGCUUGUGCGCUGUCGCUGGGCGCGAUGUUCUUGCCGUGGGCUCUGAACACGGCAGUGAGGAUGCUGCGGACGUUGGGUGUGGAUGAUGGGGAUGCCCAGGUGGGCGAAGGCGUGCAAGUGCUGCUUGCGGCGCUAGACAAUGUUGAAGAGAGAAGUGGGCCGUGGCAUCAGUCACUAAGGACGUAG